UUAGUGAAGACUGUUAGAGACUGUGCCUGUAGCUCUCUUUUCUUCUCCAAACCCCAUUUUCAAAAACCAAUUAGCCGCAACAGAAGCUCCGAAAAUACAACCCAGAUUCAUUCUUCUUCGGAAAAUGCAGAAGCUGAAAAUUCUGGUGCCACUGAGCCGUUGUUUACACAGAAAUGGCGCUGUUUCUCGGUCAGGAAGAAGCUUUUCCGCUCUCCCUAAUUAUACCCAACACGAUUAUCUCCAACAAGACGAGGUGUUAGUGGAAGGAAGGGCGAAUUCAAGGGCUGCCAUUUUGAAUAGACCGACCGCACUCAAUGCCCUCACGGCGCACAUGGCUACUCGGUUAAAUAAACUAUAUGACUCUUGGGAGGAAAACUCGAGUAUAGGAUUUGUCCUAAUGAAGGGAAGUGGUGAUAGAGCAUUCUGCUCUGGCACCGAUGUGGUUGAUUUGUAUCGGCUGCUUGAUGAAGGGAAAACUGAGGAAUGCAAAGAAUUCUUCCAGAGUCUGUACAAGUUUGUCUAUGUUCUGGGAACAUAUCUCAAGCCACACGUGGCUAUAAUGGAUGGUUUUGUGAUGGGAGGCGGGGCAGGUAUUUCACUUCCCGGGAUGUUCCGCGUUGUAACUGAUAGAACUGUCUUCUCGAGUCCGGAGGUUCAAAUAGGUUUUCAUCCUGAUGCAGGGGCUUCAUAUUAUCUCUCUCGCCUCCCCGGCUAUCUAGGAGAAUAUUUAGCUCUUACAGGAGAAAAGCUAAAUGGUGCUGAAAUGAUGGCCUGUGGUCUCGCCACUCACUACUCACUGAAGGAAAAGCUUCCUUGGAUUGAAGAGCGUCUUGGUAGUUUAAUAACUGACGCCCCUUCAGUCAUCGAAUCUUCUCUUGCUCAAUAUGGCACUUUAGUCUACCCAGACGAGAGGAGUGUGCUUCACAAGAUUGAAACGAUUGACUCCUUAUUCUGCCAUGAUACAGUGGAGGAAAUUGUUGAAGCUCUGGAAAACGGGGCAGCGGAAUCUGGCGAUACAUGGUGUACCGACAUGCUUAAAAAAAUCAAAGAGGCUCCUCCGUUGAGCUCAAAAGUUGCUCUGCAAUCAAUUCGAGAAGGUAGAUUUGAAACUCUUGACCAGUGCCUCGCCAGGGAGUACCGUGCAUCCCUCAGAUUCAUAUCCAAAGAGGUCUCAAAUGAUUUCAGCGAGGGCGUACGUGCAAGAUUGAUCGACAAGGACUUCGCCCCUAAGUGGGGCCCGUCUAAGCUGGAGGAGGUAAGCGAUGACAUGGUCGCCUUCUUCUUCUCACCUCUCAGUGAAGUCGAACCGGAGCUGAACUUGCCCGUUGCAGUACGAGAGCCUGACGUGUGAAAGACAAAACAUGAUUUUGCAGAUGAGAUUAGAGGGUUUUAUAGCUUUUUUUGCUCUGUGCCAAGUCUGAUUUAUAUUCCUCUUCUGUUACAACUUUUUGGGAUUUUCAGAAGUGUGUUGAUUGACAGGCUUAUAUAUGUGUUUGGAGCUAAAACCUGAUAAAUAGUAGCAGCAGAUGUAAAAGGUUGUUCAAUCAAGCAGAGACCAAGCUUCUUCUGCAUUGGGUAUAAUAAUUAGUUUUACACAUUUUUUCA